AUGGUACUGUCUAUGAACAGUACGUUGAAGAAAAUUGGCAGUGCUGUUGGGAAGUCAUCGGCGGUAGCGGCCAGCGGGGAUGAGCUGAAAGAGUGCAAUAAUCUAGAGCAGCGUACAGCAGUCGGUAAGCGUUUCGCACGUCGAGCCAAGCGUUGGGCCGAGCUGCAGCAACGUCGUCAAAGUUCGCGUCAAGCUCAUUCUAACGUUUAUUCACCCGCUUUCACUCCAGUUUCAGUCUCUUCGGACUCCUUCUCGACUACUUCUUCGCCUGCAUUCAAUCGGCGGCAAGCAUCAUCCAUCUCAUCGAAUGGUGACAAUGUUCCUGGGCAAUAUAUUCGUAACGCCAACACCACUUAUGACCAAACACGUUACUAUAACAUCAAUUCUUGUGCCAAAUUAAUUGAAAACAAUUCGAGUAAUGAACUCAUCAAUGUUGAAUUGGCCGCAAUGGGUGUUGGUAUGAUUCCAUUCCUAGAUACUACUGCUGAAGUGAACAAUCUUCAAGAGCAUAUUUGCUGUGAACGACAUGAUGUGAGUUCGUCAGAUGACACGACGGAUAUAAUUGCGUUCAGUGCUUUAUCAAGAAAAGCAAGUCAAUCUGAACUGUUGGAUCAACUCUCGAAACAAGAGACGCGUUUCUGCACGUUCAGUAGUAAAGUAUCGGAGAAUGGCGCAUCAAGUCAACAAUAUUUCAUUAUGAAUGCAGGCUCAAAACAAGAGGCAUUUGUGUCAGUUUAUCAGUUACCCGCUGAACUUCACGUUUAUCCCAAUGCAGGUGCUUCUACAAAGCAUACAGCCAUAGUGCGUCUCGACACGUCAUCCAGUUUGUCCUCUACCUCGUCGUGUAGGUCAUGCUCUUCGAGAGCCAGGGAUGAAUGCUCGUCGUCAUCAUCUGAUGAGGAUGCAUUUUCUUGGAUAGCUUCUGAUUUAGCGAAUGUAUCGAUUCAGUGUGGUGAUUGUAGUUCGUGCAGAUCCAUUGGUGCUGAUUUGGGCAACAGUCGUUCAAAUGAAAUCAUUAAGUCAUCAUUGGGUGAUGCAUCGUCUCUUGUAUCUUUGAAAACUGCAAUGACAGAUUUGAAUUACGUUGAUGAAGGUUGGUUUUAUUCCUCUAUUUCCUCCAUGUGA